AUGUAUAUCAAACAAGUUAUAAUACAAGGUUUUCGUUCGUACCGUGAUGAGACAGUAUUCGAGCCAUUCAGUCAACGUUACAAUAUUAUCGUUGGGCGAAAUGGUUGUGGAAAAUCAAAUUUCUUCUUUGCGAUUCAAUUUGUAUUGAGUGAUGAAUUCAGUAAUUUAUCAGCUGAAGGCCGCUACAAUCUAAUGCACGAAGGUAUCAAUAGUCGAGCAUUAAAUGCCUACGUUGAGAUUAUCUUCGAUAAUUCCGAUAGUCGUAUCAUGAUUGAUAAAGCUGAAGUGGCAGUACGUCGACAAAUCAGUGGGAAAAAAGAUAACUAUUUCCUUGAUCGAAAAGUUGUAAAUAAAACGGAUAUAAUCAACAUGCUUGAAGGUGCAGGAUUUUCACGGUCGAAUCCAUAUUAUAUUGUAAAACAAGGCAAAAUUACACAAAUGGCCACAGCACCAGACGCCAAUCGUUUACAAUUAUUACGUGAAGUAGCUGGUACAAAAGUUUAUGACGAAAAGAAACAAGAAAGUGAAGCGAUUCUUGCUGAAACUGAGGAACGUCGAAAGAAGAUUGCUGAUCUAUUGAAAGCAAUCGAAGAACGCUUGCUGAGCUUGGAAACAGAAAAAGAAGAGCUUAAGCAAUAUCAAAAAUGGGAUCGAUCGAAACGUGGAUUGGAAUGUGCCAUUUGUACUGCUGAAUGCGAGGAUGCUAAAAAGCGCAUCGAUGAAAUUGUUGCAAGAAUGAAUGGUGCCACACAGAAGGUCGAACAAUUGGAAAGUGAUCGGCUAACUGUGACGGAGCUGAUUCAACAAACAAUGGAUUCAAUAACCGAACUCAAACAACGUCUGCAAACUCAACAGAUCGAACGUGAAACGUUAAUUGUGGACAAUAAAGACAAUUUUCAACGUAAAGCACAAAUUGAACUUGAAUUGCAAGAUCUUCAAGGCGAAACAGCGCAACGGGAUACAAAGCGUAGUGAAUUGAAAAAAGAGCUCGCCAAGUACGAUCGAUUAAUCGCUGAAAGCGAACAAAAACUAGCAAAAAUUAUUCCCGAAUAUGAUGUCAUAAGACGCGAAGAAGAACAAAAGACAGCACAACGUGAUCUUGCCGAAGAAAAACGUAAAGAAUUGUUUGCUAAACGUGGCCGGGGAAAUCAAUUUGGAUCAAAAGACGAUCGAGAUAAAUGGAUUCGACUCGAGCUUAAAUCACUCAGCAAAGCGAUCCAUGAUAAACGUGAGCAAAUGGAACGAUUAAAGAAAGAUCUACAAGACGAACAAAUGAAGUCACAUGAGAUCGACGAACAGCUGCGGCAAAUUGUUGAUAAUGGAAAUGAACAAAGAGCACAUAUGGAUAAUGUCAGUACACGUGUACGAGAUUUUCGACAAAAGAAAAGUGAUAUUGCUGCUUUGAAAACGGACCUGGCACGAAAAGAAACUCAAUUGCAUAUUCAAUUGAGCCAAACACGAGAUGAACUACGCAAAUGCCAAGAUUCACUUCGAUCUGUGAUGAACAAAGGCGCCGCAUCUGGCACUGAUGGUUUACAACGACUUCUUCGCCAAUUUGCUGAUGAAAAUCGCAAUCAGGACAUCAUCAAUGGUUACCAUGGCACUUUGAUCGAAAAUAUCGAGUGCGAUCCCGCGUUUUAUACAGCCGUAGAAGUCAUCGCUGGGAAUCGUCUCAAUUACCAUAUCGUUGAUUCAGAUGUCGUUGCAACGCGUUUAGUCAAAGAGUUUAAUGCUAGUCGACAACGUGGUGAAAUCCAUUUCCUACCGUUAAAUGUCUUAGAUGUGCAAAAUAAUACUCUCUCCAAUAUAACUGGUGCGUCACCCUUGAUCGAUCAACUUCAAUGGGUACCAAAAGCCGAACGGGCUGUUCGACAUGUAUUCAAUCGUAUAAUGCUUUGUGAAGAUUUCAAUGCUGCUACACGUACUGCUCGGCAAUACGACGUUGAUUGUGUCACACUUGAUGGCGAUCAAGUUCAACGCAAAGGUGCGUUAACUGGUGGUUAUAUUGACAAGAAAGUUUCUCGUUUGGAGCUACAACGUUCGAUUAAACAAUUACGUAGCACGUUGAAUGAAUACGAAAAGGAAUAUGAAAAACUGCGCAGUGAAAUCUUAAAUACGGAUAAUGAAUAUAAUAAUGUCAUGACCGAACUUCAACGAGAAGAUAUGAAAUCGAAAAAGAAUUGGGACAACUACGAACAAAUGAAAUCUGAUGCUAAACAUCUUCAAUCGGAACUAGACCGCAUCGUUACUCAUCGGCCAGGAAAAGAACGACAAUUGAAUGCUUUGAUUGCUACAAUCGAACAAUUUUGUGCGAAAGAAGAAUCAUUACAAUCGGAACUCGGUAGUGAUCUUGUUUCCCAAUUAACUAUGGAAGAACAAUCAACUGUCGACAGAUUGAACGAUACUGUUGAAAAAAUAACACAAGAAUUAAAAGAAAUUAUUCGUAAACGUGUUGAACUUGAAGGUACAAAGACACGACUUGAGCAUCAAGUCGCUAAUAAUUAUCGAAAAAAUCGUGAACAAAUUAAUACAGAACUUGAGCGAAUGCACGUGGAAAAUGUUCGUAGUGUUAUCGAAGAACUUGAACGAGAAUAUGCGAUUCUAUCCGAUAAACUCAAUGAACAUGAAAAACAAACUGACGCCAUCGACCGUAUCAUAAAUAAUUUGGAUAAAGAAUUGAAAACUAAACAAAAAGAACUUGAAAAAUUCAAGAAUUCCGAUCGAGAUAUCGAUGAACACAUCAAUGAGGAAAAACGCAACUCAGAUAAAUAUGAAGUUAAAUUACGCAAUGCUCAAAACAAGCUUGAUGAAAGUACGAAACGUCAAAACGAUAUCGGCGUACCACCCGAUGGCCUCGAUAAAUACAGAGAUAUUCCCAUCAAACAACUUCAACGCGAUCUCGAUCGUGCUAUAAUUGAAUUGAAAAAAUAUGCUCAUGUUAACAAGAAAGCUCUCGAUCAAUUUCUUCAAUUUAGCGAUGAACGUGAUAAAUUAACUAAUCGCAAAGCUGAAAUUGAUGAGGCACACCGACAUAUUGUUGAUUUAAUCGAAAGUCUCGAUAACAAGCGUUUUGAAACUAUACAAUUCACAUUCAAACAAGUGUCAUUAUAUUUUACUGAAGUAUUUAAACGUCUUGUACCGGAGGGUACUGCUCAUUUAGUCAUUAAGAAAGGCGAUAACGAGGAUUACGAUAGCGAACAAGUUUCAUCUCAAAGUUCUGGCCAACAAAUGUCCGUUGAUGAUUUUACUGGCGUAGGCAUCAAAGUGUCAUUCAAUGGUCGAACAAACGAAAUGCGUGACAUGCAACAAUUAUCCGGAGGUCAAAAAUCACUCGUUGCUUUAGCUUUGAUCUUUUCAAUUCAAAAAUGUGACCCGGCACCUUUCUAUCUGUUCGAUGAAAUCGAUCAAGCUCUCGAUCCACAAUAUCGUAAUGCUGUGGCUGAUAUGAUCAAUGAGCUAAGUCAAAAAGCUCAAUUUAUUAUCACCACUUUUGGUCCAGAUUUGCUGAAAUACGGCGAUAAAUUUUACGGUAUUACUUAUCGAAAUAAAGUUAGUCAAAUUCGAUCAGUCACACGAGAAGAAGCAAUGGAAUUUGUCGAAGACAACGAGGCACAAAACCAAGCUGCACAAACAACAACGACGACAACAACAACGACUUAA